UCCUACCCUCAUCGUUUAGCUUCUUCCUCAAAUCCCAUUUUCUCAGAUCUUCUCAACGCCGAAAGCGAUCACAGAUGUCGGGGAAUGCCAACGUACGGUGGUCGGCGGUGUUCGUGGCAUUGCUUUGGUGUUUGAGUAAUGCUCCGCACGGUGGCGCAAUAUGGUUGAACGUCCCUAAGACCGGCACCAAGUGUGUCUCCGAGGAAAUCCAGAGCAACGUCGUAGUUUUGGGUGACUAUGUCGUUGUUUCCGAGGAUCACGGUCACAUCCCCACCAUUUCCGUCAAGGUGACAUCCCCUUAUGGGAACACUCUUCAUCACAAGGAGAAUGUGACACAUGGUCAAUUUGCAUUAACAACUCAGGAGGCUGGCAACUACCUAGCAUGUUUCUGGUCGGAGGGCCAUUAUCAAGGAGCUGGAGAAGUUAGUGUCAACAUUGACUGGAAAAAUGGCAUUGCAGCUAAAGACUGGGAGUCGGUUGCCAGAAAAGAAAAAAUUGAGGGUGUUGAGCUCGAGCUGUUGAAACUUGAAGGAGCAGCGGAUUCCAUUCACCAGAACUUACUCUAUCUGAAGGACAGAGAAGCAGACCUGAGGACUACGAGCGAGAACACAAACGCUAGAGUCGCGUGGUUCAGUAUCACGUCUUUGGGCAUUUGCGUCGCCGUGUCCUGUUUGCAAAUUUGGUACUUGAAACGAUACUUUCAAAAGAAGAAGCUUAUCUGAAGCUCUUAACUUGUUUGGUAGGAGAGAAAAUUCAAAAACUUGUCUUUUUCACUGUUAUUUUUCUUUUCAUGUAUGUUUUACAUUACAAGGAAAGUUUUGAUGCCUCUAAGAGAGU